AUGUAAACAAAAUUCAGCAAAAGUCAAAAAAUAACGUUAAUAACGAGUAUUCCUAGCUUCUAUUAAAAAGAACUUUACUCGAAUGUACGUGAAAAUAAUUUUGAUUUAGCCAUUCCCCAAAUAUAAUUGGUCACGCUACGACAGCCAGCAGUUUUGUGUUUAUUUUGGUUAGACUCCUCUGAAUGGCAGUUCGAAAACCAAUAGGAUUUGAAUUUAGUGUUGGUGAUGGCCAAGACAUGGUUGCGACUCUAUCAGAUAUCUGAGUGAAAGCAAGGUGGAUAAAUGACGUACGAGUCUGAAUGAAUACAAACACUGGAGAUAUGCAAGAUUAAAGAUUACCAUGCCAUUUUGAUAAAAAAUUGGAUGAAAUACUCUACCCAAAAUAAUAGAUACUCGAACCACUUGAACAAAUUUCAAGUUUAGAGACAUUAUAAUCAUGACCAUCAAAUCUUGAGAAAAAAUCCAGUUAUAUACUUCAAUCGGUCCUAUCAAUUCAGUGCGACAGAAACGUAGAAUAUUAGGGGUCUCCGACUGCACCUUCUGAACACACGUAGAAUAUUUGUGAAACCAUAAGUGUUGACAUAGUGCAAUAAAAUGAGUUCAGAAGACACUACGAACAUAGUAUUUGGUCCAGAAUUAGAGAGAAAUAUAGACGUAUCUUUGGGUCAGCUCAUGUUGCCAUUACUCAAAGCUCAUGACGAGCAGGUAAUUCAAAUUGAUGGAGAAACCCAUGAACCUCUAACUGCUAUAAAAUUAUUGAAAAGGGCCAUCAAGCUGGCUAAAUGGUAUGAGAAAGAGGGAUUGGGUAUAGGCGACAAUAUUUCUAUAAACAGUGAGAAUAGGUUGGAGUUCUGUACAGUACCAAUAGCAGCAUUCUUCAGAGGAAUAACCUUUGCGCCUCUCAAUCCUGAAUAUACUCCUAGAGAAUUGAAACAUGUGCUCAAUUUGUCGAAGUCCACAGUUAUAUUCUGUUCGAUGAAAACAGUGGACAAGAUGAUUUCGAUACUACCUGAACACCCUCACAUCAAAUAUCUCGUACUUUUCGGUAAUGAGAAAAGGAAUCAUCCAAAAAUUGUAAUGUUUCAUGAGAUCAUGGGAAAUGCAGAUUCUGAAGAAGUAGAUGAUGAAUUCGAAGCAACAGAAUUGGAUAUAGUAGAUACGGUAGCGACGAUACUAUGCUCUUCAGGUACUACCGGCAUGCCCAAAGGUGUGAUGUGCACCCAUGCCAACAUGACUACAUUCAUAGACAUUGCUCAAAUGCAAUUUAAGGAAAUUAUCGAAAGUGAUGAUCCCAUUGACGCACUAAUGGGCUUGGUACCUUUUUUUCACUCUUUUGGAUUCAUGUUGAUGUUUCUAAACAUCCUAAGGGGCAAAAUUCUGGUGGUGCUAAGCAAGUUCAAACCGAAAAUAUUUCUAGAAUCAAUUGUUAAAUACAAAAUCUCGAGGCUAAUAGUACCUCCGCCAGUACUAAUAUUUCUACUGAAACACCCGAUGGCCAAACAGUACGAUCUGAGCUGCAUCAAGGAAAUGCGAAGUGGAGCAGCACCGCUUGGAGCAGAAUUAGAGAAAGAGUUGAAAGACAAGUUCAAUGUGCAUCAUGUUUCACAAGGAUAUGGAAUGACUGAAACGACCUUGGCUGUACUGGCAACGUCUCAUGGAAAGGCGAAGUCUGGAUCUUGUGGCAAGGUGGUACCUGGUAUGAUGGCCAAAGUGAUUGACGAUGAUGGAAAGGCGCUGGGUCAGUACCAAGAAGGAGAACUCUGCUUCAAAGGACCACUGAUCAUGAAAGGCUACGUAGGUGACCCAGAAUCAACUAGAAACACCAUAGACGCAGAUGGCUGGCUCCACACUGGUGAUGUUGCCUAUUACGACUCUGACGGCUACUUCUUCAUCGUAGACCGAAUUAAGGAACUGAUCAAGUACAAAGCAUUCCAAGUAGCACCUGCCGAACUAGAAGCCUUGCUUCUGACCCAUAAUUCUAUCGAUGACGUAGCUGUUGUAGGUGUUCCUGACGAAAUGGCUGGAGAAUUACCUCUUGCCUUCGUGGUCAAAAAACCUGGAGUAACACUCAGCGAGAGGGAUGUUGAGAAGUUCGUUGAGGAUAAUGUUUCGCCUCAAAAGCGACUCAGAGGAGGUGUGGUGUUUGUGAAUGAGAUACCUAAGAAUCCUACUGGAAAAAUACUCAGGAGGGUUCUGAGGGAAAGGGCAAAGAACAUGAAGUCGAAACUUUAAGUCAGUUGCAUAUUGUGAUGUUAGUAUAAUUUACAGUAUAGAAUAUGGGAAAUGAUUACUCAGUUAUAGACAAGGACAAGCAUGAACUAAUUGUUAUUGGCAGCGAUUGUGAAAAUAAAAUUAUUAAUAUAAUGCACGGGUAAAAAGAUGUUUCGACCAUUCGUACAAGUCCUAGUAGAAACUAGUCACAAUGAUGCUUAUCAAAAUAAUGUUGCAAAAUAUUUUUAAAAUUAAUUUAAUGUGUUUUUAGAAACACCAAGCUCAGUGAACCUCUCCUAGAAUAAUUUCUACAGCUUUUUAUUUUGUAUGCGUUAUUUCAGGUUAUAUGUGGCGUAAAAUUAUUUCACCUAUAACUAUAGCUGUAGCGCUCAUUUUUUAACACCGUACGAAGUUUUACUAAGCAAAUACAAAUACAGUCAUAGAAUUAAUUAGAAUUUUAAGUUAUAAUACACACGCAAUAUAUUGUAAGGAACACGUUUGGCUAUUUUUGUACUUUGCAGACUCCCGUUGUAAACUUCCACGUGUUUUUGAAAUAAUAAAUUGAUGAUAAAAUUACACAAAAGAUGCAAACAAAUUAUUCUGAAUAUUUCAAAUUACAUAUUAUGAUUUCCUACUUUAGAAUUCACUACAUCUCUCAAAUUGUGUCAUUAUCUCUUUUAUAAAAGUAACCUUUUUUUACUCUGGAGAUUGGUUUGAUACUUCCUUAACCGCCGCAUAUGUGUGUCCGAUUAGAGAAAAUUACAUCUGCUGAAGCUUCUGAAUCAAAUAUUCUAAAUUUUACGAUCUCAUCACUUUCAUAUCCCGGACGAAGUCGCUAGUCUUUUGCCAUGUCUCUUCAACCGAUCCGUUUCCUAGGGC